AUGCGACCUUCUUUGAAAAAUACUGAUGCUCAGAACGAUGCUAAAACAGGCCCAUUGAAUGAGGGAUCUCCCGAAGACCCUGAAGAUUCCUUGGUCUCAGCUGAUAUCGUUCUUCCAGAGGAUGUUUUUGCAUCAUACUGGAGUUAUUUGCUUUACGAAAUUGUACGCACCAAGUGUGUGAUGACCACUUUCCUCUUUUUUGUCUUAACGAUUUUAGCGAUUUUAACAAACAUUUCGUUUUCUAGUGUUCUCACCCCUUCAAUGGUGAUCCCGAUAUGUACCAAUGUGUCACUUUUAGUGUUUCAAAUAUACCUAUUUGGUAGACCAAUAAGUCAUGAAACAUUCCGUACAAAACUUCUACUAGAGGUAAUAACUCAUAAACCAUCGAUAGGUGGGAAAGAGUGGAAAACCAUAACGUAUAACAUGAAUCAAUAUUUGAUCAAGGCCGGUUUAUGGAAAACACCGUACUACUUUUUUUGUGAACAUGCGUGCUAUGAAUAUUUCAAGGGUCUCGUCAAGGGAAAUUAUCCUGAUGUACAGUGGGAUACCGCAAAUACACAACCGUUCAUCAGCAUUCCAGAAAAUCAGGUUGCAACUCACAAUUCUGAUGUUGAACCAACCGUAAAGUGGUGUCUUUUUAAAGCAGCCGAAAUUCAAGCGCAUGCUGUGCGGGAAUAUUGGCAAAAUCAAUAUCCAGAUGCCGGCGUACCUUCAAUAUGA